UCAUCGUUAGUCCUAGAUAUUAGAUAGUUAGGCUACGCUUGCUUUUCUACGUGUGACUUAACCCGCUACGUCCUUUCCUUCAACCGUGAGAGUGUAUGUUUCAGACGAGUUAGGUAUGAAGAGAACGGAUCAGCGGCAGAACAAAGGAAACACCAUGUCACGAAGCGAAUCCACGCGCGGUCAGCCGCCGCACACCGCACACACCACUCGGUCUACCCGACAGCGUCAGCGUAGACCCCAACCCAAUGCUCACCAUAUAUCGCCAGUUGGGAGAAUAUGGCACGUCAGUCGUCAGUGUACAUCGGGAACCACGCAAGUAUGCCGUCAUCCGUGACUCCAGGACUUUGUUACAAAAACAUGGGCAAGUCAGGAUUGCGAGUGCCCAACAUCGGCCUCAGCCUGUGGACUAUGCUCAACGAAGAUGUCGCUGAAGACCUCGUCAUGACAGCUCUCGAGAGUGGAAUCAAUUUAAUUGAUUUAUCUAAAGCUCAUAACGCACAGGGUGAAGCAGAAUUGGGCAGAAUACUGAAGAAAAGAAACGUUAAACGAUCCAGUAUUAUUGUUACAACCAAAAUCUAUUGGAGUACUAAGUGCGAAGAAAGAGGUCAAUCUCGAAAACUUAUAAUAGAAAGCGUGAAGGAGUCAUUGGGGAGGCUCCAGCUAGAGUACAUAGACUUAGUUCUUGUACAUAAAGUGGAUCCCUUAUGUCCGAUGGAAGAAUUGGUCCGAGCAAUGAACUACCUCAUAAACCAAGGAUAUGCGAUGUAUUGGGGCACAGCGCGCUGGACUCCAACCGAGAUUAUGGACGCGUACUCUAAGUGUCGAUCUUUCAAUUGCUGGACGCCGGUCGCCGAGCAGACAGAGUACCAUAUGUUCUGUCGUGAAAAGACCGAACUGUAUAUGCCAGAUGUGUAUCGUAUGAUUGGAGUGGGAACUAUGGUGUGGUCUGCACUAAGUACUGAUAAGGGUCUGAACCAUGAGGGGGUGGCACAGUUAUUUGCCAAAUCUCGCUUCAACCGCAAAUACAGCACAUUCAGCUGGUGGGAGGAGGAACUCGUUGCUAACAAUGAACUCGAAAACAAUGAAUCUACAGUAGCCGAAGAGUCACGAAGUUUCAAGGACAAACUGAAAGCUCUCUCCGACAUAGCCAAUGCCUUGAAUUGCUCUAUAAGGCAGUUGUCGGUGGCGUGGUGUCUUAAAAAUGAAAAUAUAAACUGCGUACUUCUAGGCGCUACAAGUGUCGAACAAUUCAAAGAAAAUAUACACGCACUGCAGAUCGUGCCUCAAUUGUCUAAGGCGGUGAUUUUGGACAUCGAAAAAAUUCUGGCAAACAAACCACAGCGACCCCCGAUGAUCUCAACUCUGACGAUGCGAAACCAACAGAACGCCAGACUAGACGAUGCUGAUUGCACAGAGACGUUCGGCGUCGAAGAAGUUGAAGAUGACGUGGAAGCCAACGUUUCAACCCCCGAGAAGGAGGAAGUAGUCAGGGGUGCGUUUCAAUGACGUUGGUGGAAACGAAGCUCUGACACGGCUUCCAAGUCUAAGGACUCGCUACAAGACCCAAAACCAAAGUUCUUUUUGAACAAUGCUGGCGCGGUGAUACGGCGCGAAGAACGUGAUGGCGUGACGUCCGAUACAGUAGUAUCUGUAUCUUCUCUGAAAGGCAAACAACCAGCAUCGGGAGGCAGCAAGGGUAAGAAGUCUAAGUCGGAACCCUCCCAGUCACGUUCUGGCUCGCUGCAGGGAUCCACGUCAGGGCAAUUGGCGAGCUCCGGAGACCGUAAAAUGUCUAGGUUCAAUCUGGGAUCACCUGCUGAUGUAUAAAGUAUGAAACAACAUGAGGGUCAUGAAUCUUUGUAAUUAUUUCACUCAAGGAUAAAAACUGCCAUCGUUUAUCACAAAUUAGUUAGAGGUAGCACUAUAUUAAUAUGACUUACUUGACUUAAUGUCCUAUAACCCCUAGUUGGGGCAGAGGGCGUCCACAGUGAGUCUCCAUCGCGUUCUGUCUUGAGCCUCGUAUUUUACCUCACUCCAAGUCUUUCCGGCUCUCUUUGCCUCGUCUGCGACUGUACGGCGCCAGGUUUGCUUGGGACGGCCACGUUUCCGCUUUCCUUGCGGGUUCCAAUCAAGCGCCUGCUUGGGAAUAUGAUUGGGAUCCCUUCGGAGUGUAUGGCCUAUCCAAUUCCACUUGCGUCGUUUGAUCUGCUGGCUGAUCGGGGUUUCUCGGCAGCGCUCCCAAAGUUGCUCGUUAGAGAUUUUUUCAGGCCAGUAGAUGCCCAGAAUACGGCGAAGACAGCGGUUGACGAAGACUUGGAGUCGGAGCGAGAUGUCUUUGGUGACCUUCCACGUUUCACACCCAUAGAGCAGCACAGACUUGACGUUGGAUCCGAAUAUUUUAAACUUGAUUCGACGCGUCAACAUCCGUGACUGCCAUACAGGCCGAAGUUGUGCAAAGGUUGCUCGGGCCUUGGCAAUGCGUGAAGUGAUGUCCUCUUCUGUACCUCCAGUUUCAGACACGACGCUUCCGAGGUAAACAAACUUUUGAACGCUUUCUACGUCCUCUACACCCAUCCGCAAUGGGGUGCGGUUCUCAACUCCAACACGCAUUUCUUUCGUUUUCCGGGUGUUGAUUUUGAGCCCCGCAAUUCCCGCCUCGCGUUCCAGGUCGUCCAACUUAGAUUGCAUGUCGCGGUGCGUGUGACUUAACAGACAUAGGUCAUCGGCAUAAUCCAAAUCUUCCAAGAUGUUGGUUAAUCCCCACUCUAUUCCGCGGCGCUUGUUCUGGUGUGUGCGAUGCAUAAUCCCGUCGAGAACAACCAGGAAAAGUAGUGGCGAGAGUAAGCAGCCUUGACGGACGCCCGCAUGCACUUGAAUAUCGUCUGAAACGAGGCCGUCGUGAGUCACUCUACAAGAAUAGUUCCGAUAGCUGGCCUUUAUUAGGUUAAUUAUCUUUGGCGGGACACCAAUGUUAGAGAGUUGCGACCAUAUGCUUCUCCAUCUCAGCGUAUCGAAAGCUUUUUCGAAAUCAACAAAGGUAAGAUAAAUCUCCCUCUGCCAUUCUGAUGCCUGUUCGAGAAUGAUACGAAGAGUAUUAAUUUGGUCAGUACACGAGCGAUUAGGCCGGAAGCCAGCUUGUUCUAUGCGAAGGAGAGGCUCGACGGCUCCAGACAACCUGUCCAAGAUAAUUCUGCAGAAAACCUUGGAAGGGGCAGAGAGCAAGGUGAUACCUCUCCAAUUGCUGCAUUGGCUUAGAUCACCUUUUUUGGGCACAGUUAUAAGAAGGCCCCUGUUCCAGUCCUCCGGAAGCUUCUCGCUGGUCCAGAUUUUGCCAAUCAAAGGUGUUAGCGUGUCGACUGUGGUAGCCAAGUCCGCUUUUAACAUUUCUGCAGCUAUUAAGUCGAGACCUGGUGCUUUACCAGUCUUAAGACCCAUGACCGCUCUCGCUACCUCAUCACGUGUGGGUGGUUCGACGUCGAUGUCAAGUAGCCUGGGUGGUGGAGAAGUAUAUUGCGGGGCAUCUGACGUAGACAAAGCUGUGGGCCGAAAGGUUUCCUCAAAGUGCUCACGCCAGCGUCGUAGUUGCCCUUCUGAAGUUACGAUAAGCUGACCAUCUUUUGAUUUUAGAGGCUUCUUACGCUGACUUCUCUUCCCUGCCAAGAUAUUAGUAGCUUUAUAAAGUUCUCUCAUGUUGCCGGUGUUAGCGGCAGUUUGAGCGUGGUCAGCAAUACCGUCAACCCACAACCUUCUGUCAUUACGCGAGCUGCGAUAGAUUUUCUUACGAAUCUGUCGAUACUGCUGCCUGAGGUCGGCUUGUUGUAGCUCGUUGUUGGUUCCUAGCAGUUUUAGGUGGAGUUCCCUACGGUCGUUUAUCAACUGCCAAGUGGUUUGUGACAUCCAAUCCUCGCGCGGGUGCUUAGUGUGACCUAAGACGAAUGAGCUGGUCUCUGUGUAGGCCACUUUGAUGCGUUUCCACUCUUCGUCUAUUGAUAUUAAUAUGACUAUAGACUAUAGUCUAUUUAACAUAUUAGUGUUUUAUCUUUUAUCCUACCUGUUAUGUAACCUACCUAAUUAUGUUUAAGUAUAUUUUGACGGAAGUAAUGCAUACUAUUUUGUUAUAGUAAGUAUAUAGUAUGUGUAUGUAGCGCACUGUGUAUAUACUUUUUUUAGAAAUUGUUUAGAAAGUUCUAGACAACACAUUCACUAAAUAUUAUGGUAUAAAGUGUCAAUUUUAGCUAUAUUAAGGUCAAAUAAACCUUUGCGCACUGUCUCACAUAUCAAUUGUUAUAACAAUGUGAUUCUAAAUAUAAAUUUAAAAGUCAAGCUAAAUGAAAGAGAUAAUUGACAGAUUUAAUUUUAGUUCGCUUACCAUACCAUACGCUCUGUUGUUUGACUAAACUAAAUAAUUCAAUCAGCCAAAUGUAUAAUCAAAUAAUCAAAAUGUAUAUAUAUAAUAUAGUGUUAAUCAAUU